UGAUUGGCGGGCGAUGGGGCGGGGCGGGCUUUCUCUGUCGGCGCACGCUCGGUGGUCCGAGAGGGCGAGUCAGCCGGCGUCUGUUGGUCCAAGCAUCAGAAGCUGAGGCGUCCGCCGGAUCAUCCCACGCCCCCCCGCGGCGCCUCAGGCUAAAGGCUAUUCAUCAAACAUUUUGUAUCCAAGGCCCAAAAGUUUAUACCCAAGGCCCAAGAUGAUGAAUGCUGACAUGGAUGCAGUUGAUGCUGAAAAUCAGGUGGAACUGGAGGAAAAAACACGACUUAUUAAUCAAGUGUUGGAGCUCCAACACACACUUGAAGAUCUCUCCGCAAGAGUAGAUGCAGUUAAGGAAGAAAAUCUGAAGUUAAAAUCUGAAAACCAAGUUCUUGGACAGUAUAUAGAAAACCUCAUGUCUGCUUCUAGUGUUUUUCAGACAACUGACACAAAAAGCAAAAGAAAGUAAGGGAUUGAUGUCCCUCUGUUUUAUGGAAUUGCUGCUGAUUUUUUUCUUUAAAACUUGGAUAGAUUCCAAAAGUUACAGUACUUUGUGGCUUCAUUGAAUAUUUAUGAAGAUAAUGUCAGACCUAGGCAAAAUUAACUGCAUAACAGAAGACUUCCAUGAAUUUGUGUAUUAUGUUAGUCUAAAAAUGUGCAAAUGUAUUGUAGAGACUUUAUAAUUAGAAUUGCAUAUAUUUAUGAAACUUGAAGAUGUUUUAUCAAAUUUGCUUUGAUAUAUAGGUUUCGCACUGUCUUUUAUUAUAGGCUUAGUAAGAUAUACAGGAAAUAACCACCAUGUCGUGAAAAAGUGACCAAAAUCAUAUACUGAAUGCACAGCUUUAUGUACCGUGUGCACCAUCUUGUGCCUCUUCUCCGUUUGCCUCUCCCUCCCCAUUUCCCUUCCUAAGGAAAAAAAUGGUUUCACAUUUGUAGAAUUACUUUGAAUAGUUAAAUCACCUGUAAGAGUAACCUGAGCUCUCAUUCCUGCAACUUAUCCACAAUAAGAUACUGCCUCAGUUAGGGCUUGUCAUUUGUGAUAGUAAUAAGCUAGGAUUGCUGGUUUCUCUGUAAUCAUUUAAGAAGAGAUUGAGUCUAUACAAGUGAAGAUUUUUCUUUAAAACUGAAUUUUCAUAUUGGGAAGAUUUGUUAAGAACUUCCUUUUGCACAAAAUAACCCAGUUGAUAUCUGAAAAGAUGAGAAUUCUAGUUGUGUAUGUUAAAAGUUAAAAAGAAACCUUGAGGGAAAAUAGAAACAGGGUAGAAAAUAACUCAGUAAAAAGUAUUAAUCAACUCCAAAUGUUUUUACACCAAGUUUGUUUUCUCUGGUACAGAGUAGAUAUUUCGAAAAAUAUGUUUGAAAGUGGAUUAAGUCUGACUGGCCUUUUAUAAGCCACAUGUUGGAGAGGCCAGUUAUGUCUCAAGAUUCAUUUGUAGUUCCUAGCAAAAUUUUUGCAGAAUUCUUUAAGAGACUGUAUUAGUCUCGGUCAUGAAUAAGUGUGAAAAUUUUACUCUGAUCAUUUCUAGCCUUAUUCAGUAUUUUAUCUCACUUGUUCUCCCAAAAUUUUCUGUAAAUUCAAGUACUUGGUUUCUGGAGUUUUGGUCAUUCUUUAACAGUUUAAAAAAAUUAGUUUGUAGAUUCUAUUUAGUAAAGGAAUUAAUAUCAAAAGAAAUAUUAAAAUGUUAUAAUAGGAAGAGAUCUACUAAUAUAGCUUAUGGUUACUAGAUUUGAGGUACUUCUAAUCAGUGGAAUAAUCUUAUCUAUUGGUGUAAGAUUUGAUGACUUUAGCUAUAUGAAUGUGUAAUAGUCAUAUUGCAAACAUUUUGCAUCCCUUUUGUGAUCUAAUUUAAAAAUAUUUAAAAUUGUGUUGCGGUUCUGCUUUGCUGUUUAAUAAAAAGCUGUUUCAGAGA